AUGUCGGCACGUAGAUCGAAAUGGGUGGAAUUAUUUGAUGCGUCUUGGAAAGGGCACAGGACUGGGACGGUCUUCCAUGCCGUCCGUCGUUCUUUCAGGGCCAUCUGGAUUGGACUUGUAAUCCUCACUCUUUCAAUAGGCGCAGUCGACGCGAAACAGAGAACCACGAGCUCUAUUAAUCAGCAAGUAGCUAUUGCAGCGAUCGUCUCUGCAUCAGUAUGGAUUGUCGCUUUCUUCUACACCCAUAUUCGUCGCGCAAACCCGAUGCUGAGUCUCCUCUCUGCUGUGGCUACCGCCAAUCAUUAUCCUGCUCGCGAACACUGGUGGGGACAAGAGCCGUAUUAA